UGGGUUUGACGUGCGAAUGUGUCUGUGAGUGUGUGCCCGGCGCAUGUGCACAAGGCCAUGCUAGCCGGGGAAAUAUUUUGAGCUGGAUAAAUUGUAUUAAAUCUGGGAUUUCCCGGGAGAUCUUGGACGUCGCUGACGGUGAGGGCAAAAUGUUGUGUCGGGCUGCACUACGUUGUCGGGGUCCCACCCAUGGGAGAUCCCUGUUUUCCCGUGUGCGGACCACAGUAUCUUCUCAUCUGAAAUAUGUUCCAGCUUCCGUCACCGCUCAACAACAUUCAAGGCAAUGGAGCAACAUUCCCUUUAUGACUAUGCCCCUCAUCCGCUCACAUGGAAAGCCAUUUGCCCACCGCAGCGAGCUGAAGCAUGCCAAGCGUAUUGUGGUAAAGCUUGGGAGCGCUGUGGUGACACGAGGAGACGAAUGUGGGUUAGCAUUAGGUCGGCUGGCAUCCAUCGUAGAGCAGGUGUCCGUACUGCAGAACCAAGGUCGGGAAAUGAUGAUUGUCACCAGCGGGGCCGUGGCAUUCGGGAAGCAGCGUCUCCGCCAUGAAAUCCUUUUGUCUCAGAGUGUGAGGCAGGCAUUGCAUUCUGGACAGAACCAGCUGAAAGACAUGCAAGUUCCAGUCUUGGAGGCACGAGCCUGUGCAGCAGCCGGUCAGAGCGGGCUUAUGGCACUCUACGAAGCUAUGUUUACACAGUACAGUAUAUGUGCAGCCCAGAUUUUGGUCACAAACCUGGAUUUCCACGACGAACAGAAAAGACGGAAUUUAAAUGGCACCUUACAUGAGCUGCUGCGGAUGAACAUCGUGCCCAUUAUUAAUACCAAUGAUGCGGUUGUUCCUCCUCCAGAGCCAAACAGUGAUCUGCAGGGGGUAAAUGUGAUCAGUAUCAAGGACAACGACAGCCUGGCAGCGCGACUAGCUGUCGAAAUGAAGGCGGAUUUAAUCAUCGUCCUGUCUGAUGUGGAAGGACUUUUUGACAGCCCUCCUGGGUCAGAUGAUGCCAAACUUAUCGACAUUUUCUAUCCGGGAGACCAACAGUCGGUGACGUUUGGGACCAAAUCGCGAGUCGGUAUGGGAGGAAUGGAGGCCAAGGUGAAGGCUGCACUGUGGGCCCUUCAGGGGGGCACCUCUGUUGUGAUUGCCAAUGGAACUCAUCCAAAAAUAUCUGGCCAUGUAAUUACAGAUAUUGUUGAAGGAAAAAAAGUUGGCACAUUCUUUUCCGAAGUAAAACCCGCUGGGCCCACUGUGGAGCAACAGGCUGAAAUGGCCCGGGCAGGAGGAAGGAACCUGGCAACACUGAAGCCAGAGCAGAGAGCAGAAGUAAUUUACCAGCUGGCUGAUUUACUGACGGAUCACAGAGACGAGAUCCUUGCUGCAAACCGGAAGGAUAUGGAAGAAGCAGAGGACAAAGGAAGACUUGCACCUCCGCUAUUGAAGAGAUUAAGCCUUUCAACAGCAAAACUGAACAGCUUAGCCAUAGGACUUAGACAGAUAGCAGCCUCCUCCCAGGACAGCGUGGGACGUGUCAUACGUAAAACACGAAUCGCCAAGGAAUUGGAACUGGAACAAGUUACUGUUCCAAUAGGAGUCCUGCUUGUUAUUUUUGAGUCUCGGCCAGACUGCCUUCCUCAGGUUUCUGCAUUGGCUAUAGCCAGUGGCAACGGUUUGUUGUUGAAAGGAGGAAAAGAGGCUGCUAACAGCAACCAGACCCUGUACCGGCUUACCCAAGAGGCACUGGCUAUUCAUGGAGUUAAGGAUGCCAUCCAGCUGGUGAACACUAGGGAAGAGGUGGAGGAUCUGUGCCGCUUGAACAAGCUGAUAGAUUUGAUCAUCCCGCGGGGCUCCUCUCAGCUGGUCAGGGAUAUCCAGAAAGCGGCUAAAGGAAUACCUGUCAUGGGCCACAGUGAGGGCAUAUGCCACGUCUAUGUGGAUAGUGAGGCCAGUGUGGAGAAAGUCACAAGGAUUGUUCGAGAUUCAAAGUGUGAAUACCCCGCUGCCUGCAAUGCUAUGGAGACUCUGCUCAUCCACCGGGAUGUACUGAGGACACCGCUGUUUGACCAAAUCAUUGACAUGCUGAGAGUGGAACAGGUGAAAAUCCACGCUGGCCCAAAGUUUGCCUCCUACUUGACCUUUAGCCCCUCCGAAGUAAAAUCCCUGCGCACGGAAUAUGGAGAUCUGGAGUGUUGUAUUGAAGUGGUGGACGGCGUUCAGGAUGCGAUUGAGCAUAUCCACAAAUAUGGCAGCUCUCACACAGAUGUGAUUGUUACUGAGAAUGAAGCAACAGCAGAAUAUUUCCUUCAGCAUGUAGACAGUGCUUGUGUAUUCUGGAAUACCAGCACCAGAUUUUCAGAUGGUUACCGCUUUGGACUAGGAGCAGAAGUUGGCAUCAGCACAGCCAGGAUCCAUGCCCGGGGGCCGGUGGGAAUAGAAGGACUUCUUACAACCAAGUGGUUACUGCGUGGAGAGAAUCAUGUGGUCUCCGACUUCUCCGAGCACGGAAGUAUGAAGUAUCUACAUGAGAGCGUUCCCAUACCACAGAGGACCAGCAGCUAGAAAACCAGACUGACCUCUGCCAGUACAGACCUCAUCUAGUGUCAGGGAUUAUAAAGCAGUCGCUAUGCUAAAAUAGGCAAUGGCUGUGUGCUCCUAUGUGAGAUUAAGAAACUAUGCACCUUAAUAAAAUAAAAGAACCCCCCCCCCUCCCAGUACCGCUGUGCUCCCGCUGGUGACUGCCUUUGGUCACAGUAAUGGUCUUGGUCAGUGACUAGCACUUGUCAUACUGUUCUUACAGGGCUCACAGAUUAGAGCUCCUGCUGACUAGUUUUUAAUAUUAGGAAUGAAAUCCCAUAGAGAUUUGAAAAUUCUUUUAAAUGUUUUAGAGCCAACGCGGUUCUUAAUUGAAAUGCAUUUAUUCUAACGGAGAUCUGUUUAUAGAGACAGGUUAAGAUAUUCCCGAUGGUCCAAAUAAAAGGACAGGCCAGUGUUAGCAACUCUAAAGCUUAGGUCCCUUUUGCAGUGCUUAAUGGACUAGAAUUAUCAGGGAAUCUGAAAAUACCAUUUCAUUGUUUUCAAUUCUUAAAAUAUUUUUGGUACUUUUUUUUUUUCUUAAUAGAAAUUUCUAACUUUGUACAGUUGGUUCUUUGUGACCGAACGGUUAAGAAAUGGAAUUGGGAAAUGUUUUAUUCCACUCAAUAAAUUUUUGUCUAG